CCCAUCCAACCGGGUUAAAUGUCCCACCGGCUGACUGCUUUCGUUUAUAUCGCUCUAAAUCUUAUCAUGGACAUUUCUGAAACGCUAUGCCGUAUGAGUGGAAUAUAGUCAUGCGCCAAGCCGUGUUUUAGGAAAAUGUCCGCUGCAGGACAAUAAAUGUCACAUUCAAGGGCGACUGCCUCUGCAGUUUGAAGCCAAUUUCUUCUUUCCGAGGACACGAAACCGGGGAAGAAAGGAGAACCACCAUGCUGCAGCUGGGAGAUGAAGUAACCAUCUACUCGCUGGUCUUCGUGUUCGUGCUGCUGGGAACCCGGAGCCCCUUGUGGUCCACCGCCCUCACGACCUCCCUCUAUCUGUUUGUAGCCAUGUUCCGGUUUCCACCGUUGGCGGUCAGCAGGGCUCGCCAGGUGCUGAGCCCCGUAGCGGGAAAGAUAUCCGCGGUCGCUCACCGAGGCGGUGGACACGACGCCCCGGAGAACACGAUAGCAGCCAUUCGGGAGGCGAGUAGGAAUGGUGCGACUGGUGUGGAGUUGGACUUGGGCUUCUCUGCAGAUGGGAUCCCCAUCCUUAUGCACGAUGACACCGUGGAUCGGACCACCAACGGUUCGGGCCCACUCAACAAGAUGAGCUUCUCUGAGCUGCGCAAGCUCGACGCGUCCGCCAAACAUCGAUUCAGGUCCAAGUUUGUUGGAGAGAAGAUCCCAACUCUGGAAGAGGCGGUGAAGGAAUGCAUCAAGCUGAAGCUCACGGUCUACUUUGAUGUCAAAGGUCAUCCAGACGAGUCAGCUGCAGCGCUUAAAGACUUGUACAAGAAAUAUCCGGUUCUCUACAACAGCAGCAUCGUCUGCUCCUUCCAACCCAAAGUCAUCUACAGGAUGAGACAGAGCGACCCCGAAGUGCUCACAGCGUUGACCCACCGGCCGUGGAGCUUGAGCUGCCUCGGCGAUGGUACGCCACGUUUUUCGUCAGUGUGGCAACAUCACUGGAUGAGGAUGAUGGACAUCUUGUUGGACUGGGCACACCAUCACCUGCUGUGGAGGCUGUGCGGCAUCUCCGCUUUCCUGAUCCAGAAAAACGUCGUGUCGCAGGACUACGUGCAGUACUGGGCUCGAAGGGGAGUGGAAGUUGUAGCCUGGACCGUCAACACAAAAUUGGAGAAAGAUUAUUUCCAGGAGGUGCUACACAUCAAUUACAUCACAGACAGCCUUGUGGAAGAUUGUGAACCUCAUUACUGAGGCACAUGGUCAAUAGCUGCCAACGUCUGGAUAUGGGAUAACAUCCUUAAAAUGAAAACGGAUGUUUGAACUAAUUACUCCUCAGCUAUGGGUGGCAACAGAUAAGGCCCUCUUCUCACCAGAACAAGACCAUGUGAUCAUUUUAAAACUAAACAGAAAUAUCCACCCUGGUGCAUAAAGAGCACAGAGUGAUUUUGUUUUAGAGUUCCCCCCACCUCUUUUAGAAAAUCACAUACACCUCCAUGCUGCACAUAUGCAGGUUGCUGCAGUGGUUGAAUGUGAUGGUGGAGGUGGAGAAACUUAUUGUAUUUACAGAAAUUUUUCUCAGAUUGCAGGGAAACUUCACUGUGAAAUGGUGAUAUUGUUCUAACGGAACAGUAUAAAAAAGCAGUAACUUUCCACUCAACAAGUUUUUAUUUUCUUUCCUCCCCCAAAUUUGCUGCAAUCUAGCAAAAUUGAAAUAGUCUUGAAGAUUAUUGGUCGAUCCCAGUCUGUUGCGAAGAGGGUCAGAGAAAUCAAAUAUUCCAGUACUGUAAAUUUACGCAGCGUUUUACCUGUGGGUUUUCAAACUUUUUGAACUUUAUUUCUGGCUUCGUAACAAGAGGCCAUGUAUCAGGUUUUAUGUUCCUUUAGAAACUUUAUAAAUACGAUGAAUUCAGUUGCACAUGCGGUGCAUACAGAGAUUUUCAGACAGCGUGCUUGUACUUUUAUGUCUCAAACGGACUCGUCUCAGACUAUCCGUACAAAAGUCUUAGCAGGUUUUCCUGGGCUCUUCAGUUUGUCAGUUUAUCUUUGGACAAUGGCUGCUAACAUUAAAGUAAUAGUUUAGUUUGACGGUUUUUAAAGAAUCCCUUGAAUUGGUUGAUUUGGCCAGUUAAAGUUCAAAUCCACCAAAACAAAGCAAAUCCACCAUAAAAAGUUCUUAAGGAACUCAAGGAAUAAAAAUAAAACUCACCAAAUCUGGAACAGAGCAAGAAAAUAAGCAGAAAAAACCUAGAAUAUUGAAAGAAACAACCCUGCAUUUUCAGUCUUUAUUGAGUAAAUAUUCACCUUUUUGACAUAAUUUUAAUCUGAUUAAAAUGUACCAUGAAGAAAACAACCAAUGUCCAACAGAUCAAAGAAAGAGAACUUCCAUUUGAAACAAAAUGGAGAUGAAAAUGACAAACUCAGACUUUUGCCCAGAAAGACGUCUGUACUCAGGAUUUAAUAAGUUGUUUGUUUCCUGUCUUUAUUUUAGCUUAUUGUUGAUGCCUGCAACGUUUGUCCUUCCACACUAAAAGGGAGAGCGUGAUAUGCUAUCUAUAACGUGUCUUGUUUUUGAAUGUUUAAGAAUGACCGAGAGUCAAUGCGCUGGUUUCAUGCAGAUCAGUCUUCCUCUAUGCUUAUGUAUGAAAGGACUUGUGAUUAUCAUAUACUUCUUUUUUUUUUUGUCAGUAAUUUAUCUCCAUUUGUUAAGAAUGGUGGGACUGAAAUACAUCACCAAAUCUGGAACCGAGCAAGAACAUAAGCAGAAAAAAACCUAGAAAUGUUGAACGAAACGAAAAGUUAAAAUCUCUAAGGCAACAAAUAUCUUUGGAAAUUGUUUUUGAAACAUCCGGCAGUCCUUGUUAUCAGUUUAUCUUCAGAAAUGAUCAGAUAGUCACACUAUGGAUAAAGGAAAAAAAAUGUACUUUUGGUUCGAUCGGGUUUACUUUGGUAAUAUUGCUUUUAUGGUAGACCAACUUAGAGACACAUAUUAUGUCCAGCAAUGUCCAUUUAUAGAAUAAGAAACUGUCCAACAAAUGUGUUUUUAGUGUCUUAGUAAACGCUGGUAUUGUACAGGUAUGUAAGCAGGCAACAGAUUGAGUGAACUGAACAGAAGCUGGACUGUAAAUAACGAGCCGUGCCAAUUACAUGCGUGACGUAUUAAAUCACUAUAAGUGAGACAUCUUUGUAGACUGCAGCUGUAACCGAUAAUGUAUACUUUCAGAGCACGUGAUUAUAUUUCUGCUUGCGUCUUACUAGCCUCACAUCUGUUACACUCUGCUCAGAAAGUGAUUGUAAGCAGUCAUAAAGGGGAAUGCCUUCUUCAUUGUCUGUCCUAAAAUAAAACAAUGUUUGGGUUCUUUUGAUGGAA